UCACCUCACGUCACUACCGCACCUGCGCAGCCAUCUUGAGCUCCUAGCAAGCAACGGACACAGAAGGCAGAAAAUAGGAGUAAAUUACGGCAGCCUGACCCGAAGAAACAAGGAUAUGUCCGCUAGUAUCGAGGGUAUAUGAAACGAUAAAGGUCGAAUACAGUGGAACGACCUCGGGACGAUAACGGAGACGGUAAAACAGCCAUCCAAGUGCCUAGGAUACCCGGACCUACAAGUCAUCUUUUUCGCCGGAGUAGGAAGGAAGAUUCGCCGACAGAAAAACACAUCCAGAGAGAAACCAUGAAUCCCGAAUAUGACUAUCUGUUCAAGCUCCUCCUCAUUGGAGACUCUGGAGUAGGAAAGUCCUGUCUCCUGCUGCGUUUUGCGGAUGACACCUACACAGAGAGCUACAUCAGCACCAUCGGCGUGGACUUCAAGAUCCGCACCAUCGAGUUGGAUGGCAAGACCAUCAAACUGCAGAUUUGGGACACUGCCGGUCAGGAGAGGUUUCGUACCAUCACCUCCAGUUACUACCGCGGAGCUCACGGCAUCAUUGUUGUAUAUGAUGUGACGGAUCAGGAGUCCUAUAACAACGUCAAGCAGUGGCUGCAGGAAAUCGACCGCUACGCCAGUGAAAAUGUCAACAAGCUUCUGGUGGGCAACAAGUGUGACCUGACCACUAAGAAAGUAGUGGACUACACAACAGCCAAGGAGUUUGCCGACUCCCUGGCCAUCCCCUUCCUGGAGACCAGCGCCAAGAACGCCACCAACGUAGAGCAGGCCUUCAUGACCAUGGCAGCAGAGAUCAAGAAGCGCAUGGGCCCCGGGGCCACAGCCGGCGGAGACAAGCCCAACCUCAAGAUCGAUAGCACUCCUGUCAGGCAGUCCGGAGGGGGCUGCUGUUAAAGACCCCUCGCUCCACACCCGCCCACCCACCCUGACCAUCACCUCCACCAUUCCCACUGAAAUCUCCCUCUCUUCUCCAUCUGUGUUCCCUCACCCCCCCCACUCCUCCAUCACACCCCCCUCUAUCCGCCCUUCUGGAGAUCCGGGGGCGGUUGAUCAGAGGAGUAAACUGUAAGAUUGUUAAGAUUAGGAAACAUUUGGGCCCCUACACCCGUCAAACAACGGAGAGAGGAAAGGGAGGGACCCUGAGGCCACUUUUACUUUCUGCCAAGAGGACAGAGAGGAAACAGAAACACGGGGAAGAUUGCUAUUGAUUUAGGAUGGAAGUGAGGCAGGUUAGGUUUAGAUACAAGUGAGCUUAUUGCCACACACACACACACACACACACACACACACACACACACACACACACACACACACACACACACACACACACACACACACACACACACACACACACACACACACACACACACACACACACACACUGUAGAUGCUCUUUUCCUGAACAGUGACUCGUGGUUUGAAAUGUAUUGAUGGAGAUCCAGGGGAAAGCCUCUCCCUCCAUCUGUCCUCUCCCUGAAGCCACUGUGUUUCUUAAGGUGUGUUCAGACAGGAAGCAAUGACACUCUUGUGGUUUAUCAUUCACAUGCUCUCCACAACUUGCUGUUCUAAUGCUUGACUCGCCCUUUUUAUGCGCUGUCAGUUGAAAGGAAACAUUUGCCUCUGCCAACUACGAGCUAAGACAGUACUUGGCAAACAGCCAAUCAUAUUGCAGCGGGUCAACAGGCCCAACCACCUACACUUGGCAUCAGAUGUGUGCUAUCCCCUUUGAUUGCCAAAGGCUUUGGACAAGCAUUAUGUAGUUUCCCCACAAACUAUUAUAUCCAACUGCUGUUCUUAAACUGUGGAUUGUUGUUUUCAAUUCUGCAUCAACCGAGGAUUUAUAUUACUAUUCAUUUCUCUGUAACUCCACUACAACCACACUACCAGCUGGUAGGGCAGCAGGGGACACACGUCUGAUCCCAGACCCCCUGGGUGAACCUGCAUCUGUUUAUGCCUUUCCAUAGAGUUUGUAUGCAAUCUCGCUAGCAUUAAGAAUUGACCUCGGUUUCUGUCUGAACACACUUUGAGGGAACUGGCAGUAGUCAUGUGAAGAAUGAAAACUCCUCACAUGCAGCUAAUGCUGAAUAAGGCCAUGGUCACACUUUUGCUAAAUGAAUAUUCAACUCACCUUGACUUCCAUUCGACACGAGUGAUGACGAAUCUUUGCUUGGCAUAGAGUUCAACUUUGGUCAAAUCCGUCAGGGGUCUUCAUUAGCUCAUGUGUGACCUUGCCCUAAACUGAUCAUCAUUGUUGGGUUGAAGUUCCAAACAUUGUUGGAUGCAGUCCCACAUGUGCACCACGGAAAAGAGGCUUUUGGAACCCGACAAUGAAGCAUUCUGAAGGGGCAGAGCAAAAUAAAAGUCACCUUCUAGCGCAACAAGCUAGGUAGCAUAGGGGCUACUUGUGGGGCUAAUUUGCAAGCCAACCAGUUGCAUUUAGCAAGCCAGCUAGCUUGGUCGCUAACAGCCAGUUAACACGGUUUACUCAAGAGGCCACUCUGUACCAUAGUGUGUAUGGUACCGCACGGCUAAUACCAUAGCCUGCUUCAUUUUGGAUCUAUGUUCUCUUAAGUCAGAACGUGAUUGGUCAGCUGCAUUUCCUCUGAAAUGAAUUGUUUUGCUACUUUGGCUCGGCUACAUACAGGAGAGAGAUCUAGAUGCAAAGAGGGAUCGUACUUGGUUCUGAAGGAAGCAUUCACUGCUCAACACUUGGGGAAGAAGAGGAGUACUGGCAGGUGACUUAAUUCCACAUAUAGACGUCAGAGCUGGGGUGGAGGCGCGGUUGUGAGAACAGCAGGAUAUGGGGUUCAUUUGACUUUUAGUUUUCAUCUCAUACAUUAAAAGCAAGCAACGUGACAACAUGCUGUAACAUUUGACACGGGGGCUUCCUGGAUACACUAAAUAUUACAGAGCAGAUGCAUAGAGGGGGCGAAGAUUUAACUGAAAUGAAAGCGAUUGGCAACAUUCUGCAUUGAUCUUACAAUUUAUUGUUGUUGUGGUUUUAUUGUUUUUUUUUUAUUUACUCAUCGACACUUCUGAAGGAGACGUGUAUCAUUUGCUUAAAUUCUCAUGCUCAGCGGGUGACGGGUAGCUUUUAGGAUUUCAUUUCUUGCUUGUUUGCAGGUGGAGGUGUGUUGUGGGUGUGCCUGUUUGCUGGGGGGGGGGCUGCUGUUCCUUCCCUGAGAACGACCUGUUGUAAUCGUGUCACAUUCGGACAAACGGUUAGCCAUUUCUUAUUUGUCCCUGUGCAUUUUGGGUUUCUGAUCAGAUGCUUUAGUUUGCCAGUUGUGAUUAUUUUGUUCACAUUUGAGUCCCUUACAAUCAUUACUCGCUAUACUUUUAAUAAACAAGGCUAUAUGUUCAAGAACAGGACAAAGGAGGCACUUUAUUUGAAGUAUACUGAAGCUUUCAUGUUCAACAAAGCAAAAGACCUUUCUACAUGUUUAAAGAAAUGUUAAUAAUCAUGGACACGGACACAGGAAGAAUUCCCAUAUCAUUUAAAACUCCUAAAGGCAUCUUAAAGAAGCAGUGUUUCAGAGUAAACUUGUACUUCAGCGUGACAUUUCAUUCUAUUGGGCAUAUGUACAUGAGAGGAACAUAUUCAAUCCGUCUU